GCGUCAUAUCUAGUGCCACUCAUGAAAGUGGACUAACAUGGAUUGGUGGCUCAGAUGGUCAACAGGAGGGUUACUGGUUUUGGAUCGAUGGAACCUCUUUCACAUUUACGCAGUGGUGUCAGGGAGAACCUAACAACUAUAGGGGAAACGAGCAUUGCUUGCUGGUGAAUUUUUCAGGGAGCAAGUGUUGGAAUGAUGGGACAUGUGACAGCCGAUUCCCAUUUAUUUGUGUCAAGGCCGUCUGAUGAUUCCUGGGCUGUCAUGAAGGUGUGGCCCACCUGACGACAAAGCAAAUACUCUAAUAUAUCACAAUAAGAAUCUGGUUCUGAUUUGAUUUACUUCUUUUCUUUUACUGUAAUGCUGCAUAAGGAAUGAAGCGACACGUGACAUAAACUGGAGGAGCUCUUUUAACAGGAGCAAAUUGCAUGUGUACAUGAAAGAAUGCUUUUAGCAAAACUUUGUUUCCCAGAAUGAAUUGUUGUUUCUCAUCUUCUUCAUCAUUAAAAUCUUAAGCAUUGAA